UUAAAAUAUGAUGUUUUCCUUUUUAUGCAAUUCUUGUUUCCUUUAAGUAUUAUGUUUCUUCUUCCUUUGUAUCUUGAUUUGAAUGCGAUGGAAUUAUGUGUUUGACUUCUGGGAAAAGGUGGCCGCAGACAUGGACGUUUCUUGUUUUGUUGAUCGGGGUUGAUUGUAUAUUAGAAAUUGAAAUUUUCUUAUCGCUGAACCAAAUUUUUAACGUCUCUGUUUACUUGCAUUGCUUUCCCAUCUUGCAUUGUCAUCUUGGUGUUUCCAUCAUUUUCUCAGCGGAACCAGUGGUUCUCGAAUUGUCUUUUGCAUUGUGAUUAAAUAUGGAAAUCCCUUUGUUACUCAAAAAUUCCUUCCCACUUUUCAGAAAACAUUUUUAUAUUUCUGGUGAUCCUGAAUUUUAUGGAGAUCUCUGCUUAUCUUAUCAUGUGCUGUAUCCAUUGCAAUAUUUUCAUCUGAAGUGGCUAAAUUGCUUGAAUGUCAAAAUAAAAAAGAAAGAAAGAAUACCUCGGGUUUGGUUUCUCUCUAUGGAAUUCUUUGGCUGGUCCUAAUUUAUUAUUGUUCAACUAGGAGACUAUGCCCUGUAAUUCCCAGUGCAUUUUAGUAACGAAGACCUUUGUUAAUUUGUUUUUGUUUGAAACUGAUAAUUUACUCUGUGUCUUAUUAAUUCAACAGCUAAUUGUAGCCAUCUUUUCAUCGUGAAAACGCUGAUGUCAACGAGUAAUACUGCUGCGUCCCCUCUAUUACCCGCAGUUAGAAGAAGAGGUCGGUAUGAAAAGAAGCUGAUUAUACUGGACCUAACCUAGUUUGUAUGCAAGCCUUGCCAUGUAAUAUAAGAAGAGGAAAACUUCGAAUUGGUAGAUCUCAAACUCUGUCAUGUCAUAUCAGAUGUGCUGCUGCUUUGAAUGCUACAUGUGCAGCUGCACUAACCCAAACUGUAACACGUGAGUCUCAGACAGUUACACUUACCCCUGGUAAAGCAAAGACGCCUCAGCUGGACGACAACGGACCUGGACUGCCGCCAUAUAGAGAUGAUGGCAACGGAGGUAACGGUGGAGGUGGCAGCGGCAAGUUUUCAGGUGGGUUAGUCCUUUUGGGGAUUCUUGGUGUCUUGGACGUUUUGAAGGAGGUGGAGAACGAGUGGCGUCGCAAGGGUGAUGGUGGGAGAAAAUGAGGCAAGAAACUGUUUUAGUCCCAAGAGACUGAUUAUUAGGCCGUCAUUGCCCUCCUGAUUGAUGUACAUUUUCUGAGGAAUUUUUCUUAGAGGAAAUAACCAAUGCUAUUGCUAGGUAAUUGAUUGAUAGUGUGUUUGUGAUAGGUCUUUCUUUUCUGAUUUAGUGUAGAGGGAUAUGCUCUAAGCCUCUGUGAUAGGUUUUUUCUAUCACACGCUUGUAUACUCGCGCAUGUAAAAUUAAUUUUAAAUUUCUAUACGACGAAUUAUUGCCUCCGGAAAAUUAAAA